UCCAGUUAUUAUAGAACUCAAUGGAGAAAGCAUGCUUUUGGCAAAAUGGACCGAUUCCAGGUCAGUUCUACGAUUUCCCUCGACAGCAUUCCUUGGAAAUUCACGAGCCUACAAAACGAAGCAUGUAUCCAGUUACUCAGGGAACAUCAGUUCUUGGGAUUUGCUUCAAUGGAGGAGUUGCUUUAGCAGCAGACACCUUAGGUUCCUAUGGCUCAUUGGCACGCUUCAGACAACUCUCACGUCUUAUGAAGGUGAACAAGAACACUGUAAUUGGUGGCUCGGGGGACAUUGCUGACUUUCAGUACAUCCAAGAGACAGUGAAACAAAAAGUUAUUGAUGAUGCAUGCUACGACGAUGGUCAUGGCUUAACGCCAGCAGCAAUUUCAUGGUUGACAAAACUUUUGUAUUACAGACGCACCAAAAUAAAUCCACUUUGGAAUCAGUUAGUUGUGGCUGGUUAUCACAAUGGGAAAAGUUUGCUUGGUUACAUUGAUCGUCUUGGUGUUGCAUUUGAAGGUCCAAGUAUUGCUACUGGUUAUGGUGCUUACAUAGCCCAGCCAAUGCUACGUGAUGCUAUCGAAAAAAAUCCAAAUAUGACUGCAGAAGAUGCUAAAAACUUGUUGACCAGAUGUUUACAAGUUCUAUAUUAUAGAGAUGCCAGAUCUCUUGACAAGUAUGAACUGGCCAUUGUUAAAGAUGGAGAAGAACCAAUCAUAUCAGAUGUUAAGACACUAGAAACAAACUGGGAGAUAGCUCAUUAUGUGAAGGGCUAUGAAUGAAUUCAGCAAAUUUUGGAACAAGGACGUUUUUUUGCUACAAUUUUCUCAUUAACAAAGUCUGUUUCUAACCCUAUUACCGUACAUAUAAAUACUUCGAAAGGCCGAGAAUUGUUUCUUCAGAAUCUUUCAAAAUUUAACUAUGGUCAUUUUCUAGCAAUUAUUAAAAACAAAGAGUCUUGUGUGCGGUA